AUGGCCAGUGCCUUCUCUAAGCUGCUAACUGGCCGAAAUGCAUCUCUGCUGUUUACGACACUGGGAACCAGUGCCCUGACCACUGGCUACCUGCUGAAUAGGCAGAAGGUAUCUGCUGAUGCCCGGGAACAGCACAAACUCUUUCCCCCAAGUGCAGACUACCCUGACCUGCGAAAACAUAACAACUGCAUGGCCGAGUGCCUCACCCCAACCAUCUAUGCCAAACUCCGAAACAAGAUGACACCCAGUGGUUAUACCCUGGACCAGUGCAUCCAAACUGGAGUGGACAACCCCGGCCACCCCUUCAUUAAGACUGUGGGCAUGGUGGCUGGAGACGAGGAGUCGUAUGAGGUGUUUGCUGACCUUUUUGAUCCUGUCAUUAAACUAAGGCACAAUGGCUAUGACCCUAGGGUGAUGAAGCAUCCUACCGACCUGGAUGCGUCCAAGAUCACUCACGGGCAGUUUGAUGAGCGCUAUGUCUUGUCCUCUCGGGUACGCACUGGCCGCAGCAUCCGUGGGCUGAGCCUGCCUCCAGCCUGCUCCCGGGCUGAGAGAAGGGAGGUGGAGAAUGUGGCCAUUACUGCCCUGGAGGGCCUCAAGGGGGAUCUGGCUGGCCGCUACUACAAGCUUUCUGAGAUGACGGAGCAGGAUCAGCAGCGUCUUAUCGAUGACCACUUUCUGUUUGAUAAGCCAGUGUCCCCUUUACUAACAUGUGCUGGGAUGGCCCGUGACUGGCCUGAUGCCAGGGGAAUCUGGCAUAAUUAUGACAAGACGUUUCUCAUCUGGAUAAACGAGGAAGACCACACCAGGGUGAUCUCAAUGGAAAAGGGAGGCAAUAUGAAACGCGUGUUUGAGCGAUUCUGUCGUGGACUAAAGGAAGUGGAACGAUUAAUCCAGGAGCGAGGCUGGGAGUUCAUGUGGAAUGAGCGUCUAGGAUACAUUUUGACUUGCCCCUCGAACCUCGGAACUGGAUUGCGAGCCGGUGUCCACGUUAGGAUCCCGAAGCUCAGCAAGGAUCCACGCUUUUCUAAGAUCUUGGAGAACCUGAGGCUCCAGAAGCGUGGCACAGGUGGUGUGGACACUGCUGCAGUGGCCGAUGUGUACGAUAUUUCCAACAUUGAUCGGAUCGGCAGAUCAGAGGUCGAGCUUGUCCAGAUUGUUAUAGACGGAGUCAACUACCUGGUGGAUUGUGAAAAGAAGCUGGAGAGAGGCCAAGACAUCAAGGUGCCCCCUCCUCUGCCUCAGUUUGGCAGGAAGUAAA